GGCGCGGUCUGGAGCGCCCGCUCUGCCUGGACCGGCCUGGGCGUCCUCUCCAGCGAGGGAGGCGCUCUAGGCCGCGUAUAUAAGGCUGCGCCUCCCCGGGCCGCCAGAGCAGCUCCGCACUAUGGGCAAGAAGCAGCCGAGGCCGGCGGCUGCUCCCAACUGUGAACUCAAGUCCUACUCUAAGAACACGGACACUCGGGUGUCUGCCAUGGUGCUGGAUCCUGAAGAAAAGAUGCCAGACGAUGGCGCUUCUGGGGACCACGCAGACUCUGCCAGCCUUGGCGCCAUCAACCCUGCCUACAGCAACUCCUCCCUCCCCCUGUCCACCGGGGAUUCCGAGGAGCCCUUCACCACCUACUUUGAUGAGAAGAUCCCCAUUCCGGAGGAGGAGUACUCUUGUUUUAGCUUUCGUAAGCUCUGGGCGUUCACGGGACCUGGCUUCCUUAUGAGCAUUGCCUACCUGGAUCCAGGAAACAUCGAGUCUGACUUGCAGUCUGGAGCAGUGGCUGGAUUUAAGCUGCUCUGGGUGCUUCUGCUGGCCACCAUCGUGGGGCUGCUGCUCCAGCGCCUCGCAGCCAGACUUGGAGUGGUCACCGGCCUGCACCUCGCUGAAGUGUGUCACCGCCAGUACCCCAAGGUCCCUCGGAUCAUCCUGUGGCUGAUGGUGGAGCUGGCCAUCAUCGGCUCCGACAUGCAGGAAGUCAUUGGCUCGGCCAUCGCCAUCAAUCUCCUGUCUGCAGGAAGGGUUCCCCUGUGGGGCGGCGUCCUCAUCACCAUCGCAGACACCUUUGUAUUUCUGUUUUUGGACAAAUAUGGCUUGCGGAAGCUGGAAGCAUUUUUUGGCUUUCUCAUCACUAUUAUGGCCCUCACAUUUGGAUAUGAGUAUGUUACAGUGAAGCCCAGCCAAAGCCAAGUUCUCAGGGGCAUGUUCGUGCCGUCCUGUUCAGGGUGCCGCACCCCGCAGGUGGAGCAGGCUGUGGGGAUCGUGGGAGCCGUCAUCAUGCCGCACAACAUGUACCUGCACUCUGCCCUCGUCAAGUCUAGACAGGUCAACCGCGCCAACAAGCGGGAGGUCCGAGAGGCCAACAAGUACUUCUUCAUCGAGUCCUGCAUCGCGCUCUUUGUCUCCUUCAUCAUCAAUGUCUUCGUCGUCUCUGUCUUUGCUGAAGCAUUUUUUGGGAAAACCAACGAGCAGGUGGUCGAUGUCUGUAGAAACAGCAGCAGCCCCCACACUAACCUCUUUCCUGACAACAACUCGACCUUGGCUGUGGACAUCUACAAAGGGGGCGUUGUGCUGGGCUGUUACUUCGGGCCUGCGGCACUCUACAUCUGGGCAGUGGGCAUCCUGGCUGCAGGACAGAGCUCCACCAUGACCGGAACCUAUUCUGGCCAGUUUGUCAUGGAGGGAUUCCUGAACCUAAAAUGGUCACGGUUUGCCCGAGUGAUUCUGACGCGCUCCAUUGCCAUCAUCCCCACUCUGCUUGUUGCUGUCUUCCAAGAUGUAGAGCAUCUGACAGGAAUGAAUGAUUUCCUGAAUGUUCUGCAGAGCUUACAGCUCCCCUUUGCCCUCAUACCUAUCCUGACGUUCACAAGCCUGCGGCCAGUUAUGAGUGAGUUUUCCAACGGAAUAGGCUGGAGGAUCGCAGGUGGCAUCCUGGUCCUUAUCGUCUGCUCCAUCAACAUGUACUUUGUCGUGGUUUAUGUCCAGGAGCUCGGCCACGUGGCACUGUACGUGGUGGCCGCAGUGGUGAGCGUGGCUUAUCUGGGCUUCGUGUUCUACUUGGGUUGGCAGUGUCUGAUUGCACUGGGCAUGUCUUUCCUGGACUGUGGGCGCUCGUGCUACCUGGGACUGACUGCCCAGCCUGAGCUCUACCUUCUGAACAACGUGGAUCUGGACCUGUUUGUGUCCAGAUGACCAGCGGCCCGGGACAAUUUAAGAACACAAUCUCUGAGCACUUCGGUGCCAAGGACGCGUUAGCAAACCUGUUAGCUCAGGGGUGAGUUUGUUCACGUGUCUGAAUGAAAACAGCAGACUGCUGGGGUCGGCUCACAGCUGUGCGUGCUCAGAGACACACCUGCCUCCAUCGGUCACCAGGGGCCAGCGGCCAGCAGUAGGCUGCCACCGAGCGUCCCACACACGUAUGUGCCCUUUUGGGGUUUAAAAUGUACCAAUAUAUAUUUAUGUAAGCCCGAACGUGCCAGUUUGGGUAAGAUUUUAAGCUUAUAAAAAUUGAUAGAUUUUUUUAAAUGUUCA